AAACAAAGGACUGUUGCCCGUUCGUCUUGAAGAAUUUGUCGUAGAGAUGUCCCCUCCUAACCCGCCAAGUGACAAAAUGUCGAACGAACAAUCCCGCACGCCUGCCCAGUCGCAGCAGCAGCAGAAUUUGUCUGCCCAGCAACAGCGCAGUUCGGGCGCCGAAAAGCAGCAAGAUUCGUCCGGUAAACAGCAAAAACUACACCCGCCAAGAUAUCAACCUCGAACCCAUCAUCAGUACAACCACAGCCGGUAAGUGUUAACCUCGAUGGGUUUAGACGCCAGUUGGAUGAAAUGCAAAACGAGUUCAAGCGCCAAAUGCACGCCAUGCAAAAGCUACUCGUUUCCAACACACAGCAACUACGUUCUGAAUUUUUGCAAGCUAGAUCCAAAUCGCCGCCAAGAACUUCCGCAUCUUCGCUAUUAACGUCAGAAGAGCCGCAGCCAGCACAGCCAUCUACGAACUCGACCACGCAGCCAGCAUGUAAUUUCCCCAUACCGCAAUCAUCGCAGACGUCAUUGCCACCCGCACCGCCAUCACUCACGGUGCCUCAGCCAGCACCACCCCUUUCGCAAACGGCCGCGCAGCCAGCGUACGUUUGUUCGCAGUCAGCACCGCCAUUUGCCCAAGCUGCCGCGCAGCCAGCGCAUGCUUGGGCGCAGUCAGCACCGCUAUUUUCGCAAGCAGCCGCGCAGCCAGCGCAUGCUUGGUCGCAAUCAGCAACGCGAUCUCCACAGGCAGCCGCGCAGCCAGCGCAUGCUUGGUUGCAGUCAACGCAACAGCCAUAUGCACAGGCACCGCGUGUUACAUCAUAUCUUCGCGAAGAGAGCCAGCACUCUACGAGCAGCGCUGCUAAGAAAAUAUAUCCCCUUCCUAUAUUUUCAGGUACUCCUGAAGAUUGGCAGGCGUUCAUCGAAACUUUCGAGGGUACGACGCUUGAAUUCGAAUACUCUAAUUUGCACAAUAUAAUGCGCCUACGUGAUGCUCUCAAAGGCCGAGCACGAGAAGCCGUGGAGUCGUUGCUGGUCAAUUCUGCCAACGUAGCCGCAAUCCUCGAGAUACUGCGCGAAACCUUCGGACGGCCAGAACAGUUGAUCAAGAGCCAAAUUGAAAAAGUCAGAUCGAUACCGCCUUUAGUCGAUGGUCACCUCGAAUCUCUGGUAAAUUUUGCCAACAAAAUAGCAAACAUGGCGACAUUCCUUCAAAAUGUGGACGGGUUCCACCACCUCUCUAAUCCAACACUGAUCAGUGAACUUGUUGCUAAAUUGCCGACACCACGUCAAAUGCGGUGGGCGGAAAAAUGUCUUGAAUUGGAGCGUCCCCCAACGAUUGUGGAUUUCAGCAAUUGGUUGAUCACGUUACGCCGCCUGGCAAACAUCGUAGCCUACACGCUACCUUAUGAGGGGAAUUCGCGGAAUCAACUGCAAUUGAGAACCAAAUUGGCUCAGGGUCGCCGAACGGCAUCCAACAAUCGUCAGUACGCCUGCGUGAGCGUUUUUCACAGAAUAUGUCCCAAUUGUGAGGGUGAGUGCGGCACUUUAAAUGAAUGUCAAUCUUUUUUACAUAUGACAAGUGAUGAUCGUUGGAAGCAAGUGAAGGCAUUAAAGCUUUGCUUCUCAUGCUUAAGAAAAGGCCACCGUACGCAACAAUGCCUUUCACGCAAAAGCUGUGGAAAAAACGGCUGCCGACAAGUUCACCAUCAUUUGCUCCACAUCGAUUUUGCUGGUGUACCGCCCAGACGCCGCGGAGCAGCCAAUGCAUCAAGCGAACUAGGAGCUGCACGACCGCAGGCAGACGCCCAACAACAUAUUGAACGCCGAAAUUGUCAUGCCGAUUGCUACUCGCACAACGUCCUCUUCCA